AAUGUUUCUUAAUCUGCUUCUUGUACUUUAUAUAUAAAUAAGUGGUAAAUUUUACUGUGUCAAUUGUAUUAAUUAUAUUGAAAAUCGUGUAAUUUAUAUGAAAAAAUAAUUGGUUUAUAAUUCUUUAUUAAUUUAUAACAAAUAUUCCAUCACCAUCGUCAUGGACAUAGCUACAUCGACAGACAUUAUGAUAGUCAGCGGAAAUUCUCACUUAGAAUUAGCUAAUUUAGUGGCUCGACGUCUUGGUGUAAAGCCAGCAAGAUGUGCGGUUUCAUACACAACUAAUAGAGAGACUUCAGUACAGAUAAGCGAUUCUGUUCGGGGUAAAGAUAUCUACAUUGUUCAAACUGGAUCUAAAGAUGUAAAUAAUAAUAUAAUGGAACUCUUAAUCAUGGCAUAUGCAUGCAAAACUUCUUCUGCUAAAAGCAUUGUUGGUGUUAUUCCUUAUCUUCCAUAUAGCAAACAGUGCAAAAUGCGUAAACGAGGUUCUAUUGUAUCAAAACUAUUAGCUAAAAUGUUAUGUUCUUCUGGAUUAACUCAUGUAAUAACUAUGGAUCUUCACCAAAAAGAAAUUCAAGGAUUUUUUGAGUGUCCUGUUGAUAAUUUAAGAGCAUCACCAUUUCUUUUGCAAUAUAUUCAAGAAUGUAUUCCAGAUUAUCGUAACGCAGUAAUAGUUGCUAGGAAUCCAGGUUCAGCUAAAAAAGCAACAUCUUAUGCUGAACGUUUGCGUUUAGGAAUUGCAGUUAUUCACGGUGAACAAAAAGAAUCUGAUUCUGAUAUGGUUGAUGGUAGAAACUCACCACCCCCUUCUACUUCUCGUUCUAGAACAAUGGAUGUUAGUGUUGGAGUACCGCAACAUCCUGCUAAAGAAAAACCUCCUAUAAAUGUUGUUGGUGAUGUUGGUGGUCGCAUAGCUAUUAUGGUGGAUGAUAUGGUAGAUGAUGUUGCAUCAUUUGUUGCUGCAGCUGAAGUGUUAAAAGAACGUGGUGCAUACAAAAUAUAUGUUAUGGCUACUCAUGGUCUUUUAUCAUCAGAUGCACCUAGACUUAUUGAAACUUCUCCUAUCGAUGAAGUGGUUGUCACAAACACGAUUCCUCAUGAAAUUCAAAAAAUGCAAUGUCAUAAAAUAAAAACUGUAGAUAUUAGUAUUUUACUGUCUGAAGCAAUUCGUAGAAUUCAUAAUAAAGAAUCUAUGUCAUAUUUAUUUAAGAAUGUAACAUUAGAAGAUUAAUAAAUAAAUAAAAAUAAUAAAUUGUUAUUAUAUCAUUAAA